GGGCCGGGGCGGCUGCGCGGCCCCCGGGGGUCGGUGCCGUGGGGCUCGGAGGCACGGCCCCAGCACGGGGGUUGGGUACCCGCCAGGACCAGCCUCGGAGCGUCGGGGAGUGCCGGUGCAGCGGGGGGAACACGCCACAGAGAAUGGCCCCGGCUGCAAUAGAUGUUGUCAGCUCGGAGGGGGCGGGUUGGGGUCCUCAAACCUCGUGUGACAGAGAUUGAUGUUUCUACUGAGCCGGUGUGCGGGUAGCGGCGAGCUAGAGGAGAGCUGUGAAGGAUGGCGACGGCACUGAGAUGCUUCCGUCACCUGCCCUCCCUGCUCUACCGCUCAUCGCUCGCAGCGACACGGGGGCUGCCACAGGCUCCCGUGUGCUGUCCAGCCCUGCUCCUGGAUGGCUGCAGGCACGGUGUCCCUCAGCUGCUGCUGGCCAGACAGCUGGCUACCAAAAAAGCUAAAGGUAAAGGACAGAGCCAAGCCAAGGUGAAUGUCAGUGCUGCCCUAGUUGAGGAUAUUAUCAAUUUGGAGGAAACCAAUGAAGACAUGCAGGCAGUGAUAGAAGCUCUGAAGGAAGAUUUCAGCAGAAAUCUCAGUGUUAGGACUUCACCAGGGGCCCUUGAUCACAUCAUCGUGAUGACAAAGGAUGGGAAGUUUCCUCUAAACCAGCUGGGGCAGAUCUCACAGAAGUCACCUCAGCUCAUCAUAGUGAACAUGACCAAUUUUCCAGAGAGCACAGCUGCAGCUACGAAGGCUAUAAGGGAGAGCGGCAUGAACCUGAACCCAGAAGUGGAUGGGACCAUAAUUCGGGUGCCAGUCCCUAAAGUAACGAGGGAGCACAGGGAGAGCCUGGCCAAGCUUGCCAAGCAGUCCACCAACAAGUCCAAAGAGGCUCUGAGAAAGGUGAGAAGCAAAAGCAUCAACCAGCUAAAGAAGUUCAAGAACAAAGUGUCUGAAGAUACUCUCUGGCUGCUAGAGAAGCAGAUCCAGCAAAUGACAGACAGUGCUGCAGCAGAGAUGGACAAGCUACUGGCAGCAAAGACCAAGGAGCUGCUUGGAUAAACACCAUCCCAAUGGACACAUUUCCCCCUCGAGCCAGAUUGGACUAUCACCUGAGGCAGCAGCCCAGGGCAGCUCUGCCAGACCUCCAGAGCAGCAGCUCUGUGCUUUGGCUGCUCCCCUUCCUCACCAUGGACGAUACUGGAGGGAGAGGGGACCCUUCUCGCUGUUCAUCAUCCCAGUGGCAACAGGAUUGGGUGAACUUGAUUAAAAUGAAAGAUAGAAGGAAAGGGUCUCACAGGAGCUGUGAACACCCUGCAUGGAGGAGCUGCUGCUGUCCUGCUGCCACAGCAUUUGGAUGCAAAAUAAAGUCAAACCAAGGUGUGGAAGAGCAGCCUUGGGGCAGCCAGUUCCUGGGCAGUGUGUCCGCUUGGGUUCACGUGUUCCAAGAGAGGCAUUUGGCCACAGCACUGGCCAGCAGAGUUAUCUGCAGCCUGGCCACUGGGAAGGCAUAGGGGAGCUCAACACCAACCAGGGGCAGGGCAGACAGGCUGUGCCUUUGGGUUUGUGGGCAGGGAACUGGAACCAGUGCUGUCAGCACAGCCAGGACUGAAGAGAAUGAAAACCAACACAGGCUCUUUCCAAAACCAGCAUCUGCCCUCCCUGAACACUGCAAAUGCAAGCCACUGGAUUUUAAGAAGAAGAAAAGGUAGGAACAGAGCAGAGUCCUAAGCACAUGGCACAGCUCAACUCCUCAGUACCAGCAGGUUCUUCCCAGACAGCAGCAAAGGGCCUCCCUACAGCCUCAGGCCACGGCAGGAGGAGGGAAGGCAGUGGCCAACCCUGCAACUCCCCCCUCAAGGCACUUGGGUUCAAAGAGCACUGAGUGCUCUGCAGUCCUUAAAUAAACAACUCCCAAAAAUGUAGUUUGUGCACAGUGGGGAGGGGGAGGAGGAUGAAGGAUUUGCUCUGCAGGGCCCCACAUGUCAACAAUUUCUCUGCUUUGUGUACUUUGGCCCAGGCACUUACCAUGAUAAAUGAAUAAAGGAAAGUGGCAGACCCAGGGCGGUUACGGGGCUCCCAAAAUUGCCUUCA